AUGGACCCCUGCGCUGCAGUAAUUCCAUGUGGAGUGCACCAGUUCUACCCGCUGGUGCAGAUCGGCUGCUCGUCCGACCUGCGCUUCUUCCUGUGCUCGGUGUACAUGCCCAUCUGCAUCGAGUCGUACGAGGCGCCGCUGCCGGCGUGCCGCAGCGUGUGCCAGCGCGCGCGCAACGGCUGCGAGCCGCUCAUGCGCGACUACGGCUUCGCGUGGCCCGAGCGCAUGGCGUGCGAGCGCUUCCCGCUCUACGUGGAGCGCGGCGACCAGCUCUGCAUGGAGGAGGGCUCGCGCGCCGCCGGCGACGGCGGAGCAGCGGGAGGAAACGGAGGCGGAGGAGGAGGCGUGGGCGGAGGAGGAGGAGGAGGAGGGGCGCUGGAAGAGCGCGACUUCGCCGCCGUGUGGGUGGCGCUGUGGUCGGCGCUGUGCUUCGCCUCCACGCUCGUCACCGUCACCACCUUCCUCAUCGACCCCGAGCGCUUCCGCUACCCCGAGCGCCCCAUCGCCUUCCUCUCCGCCUGCUACCUGCUGGUGGCGCUGGGGUACCUGCUGCGCGCGGCGCUGGGCCACGAGGCGGUGGCGUGCGACGGCGCGGCGCUGCGGCGCGGCGCGGCCGGUCCGGGCCUCUGCACGCUCGUCUUCCUGCUCGUCUACUACUUCGGCAUGGCGUCCGCCGUGUGGUGGGUGGUGCUGGCGCUCACCUGGUUCCUGGCCGCCGGCCUCAAGUGGGGCAACGAGGCCAUCGCCGGCUACUCGCAGUACUUCCACCUGGCCGCGUGGCUGCUGCCCACGCUGCAGGCCGUCGCCGUGCUGGUGGCCGGCGCCGUCGACGGGGACGCCGUCGCGGGCGUCUGCUCUGUCGGCAACCAGAGCGCGGCGCACCUGCGCGCGUUCGUGCUGGCGCCGCUGCUGGCGUGCCUGCUGGCCGGCGCCGCCUUCCUGCUGGCGGGCUUCGUGGCGCUGUUCCGCAUCCGGCGCGAGAUGCGCGCGCAGGGCGGCGCGGGCCGCAGCAAGGCCGACAAGCUGGAGAAGCUCAUGAUCCGCAUCGGGGUGUUCUCGGUGCUGUACGCGGUGCCGGCGGCGGCGCUGGCCGCGUGCCUGCUGUACGAGAGCGCGCAGCUGGACGCGUGGGCGGCGUCGCUGGCGUGCCCGUGUGCGCCGCGCGCGCGCCCGCUCUACGCCGCGCUCAUGCUCAAGUACUUCAUGGCGCUCGCCGUCGGCAUCACCUCGGGCGUGUGGAUCUGGUCGGGCAAGACGCUCGAGUCGUGGAAGCGCCUGUGGCGGCGGCUGUGCGGGGCGGGGCGCGGGGGAGCCGCGCCCGCGGGCGGCGCCGGGGGCGGGGCUCGCGCGCGGGCGCCCGCGCGCCGCUUCAAGGCGCUGCGUGCGGGGCCGGCGCGGGGCCCCGUGCUGCCCGCCGCCCGCGCGCCGCCGCGGCCCCGUGGCCCGCCCCCCGCCGGCGGCACCCUGCUGCCGGGCGCACGUGGCCGUGGGCGGGCGCCGCGCCGCUCGCUGCACAGCGCGCACACGCCCACAGCGCGCACCGCCCACAGCCACGCGUCUGCCCACAAGCCGUCGCAAAGUGUGACGCGAGGCGCAGCGCGCGCGCCGCCGCGCCACCGCGGCCGCCGCGCCAGCGCCGCCGCCCCCGCGGCUGCGCUCGCGGUGCCGGCUGCCGCCGCCGCUGCGCCUGCCCCCGCGUCCAACGAGUGCGACAUCUGA